AGCCUCUGCUCAAUUGUCCUUUUCUGAUUUUGUCGUCAAUCACGUCUCAUAUCCGAGGCGACUUUGCUUCUCCUAGAUCUGAAACCCUAAUUCUUGAUUUCGCUAUGGAGUCCGUCGAAUUGAUCAAUCCCAAUCCCAAUUCACAAACCCUAGCUCAACCUCCUCCUUCCUCCAACGGAGACACUGCUCCACUCGCAUCGGAUCAUAUGAAUCCUCAGAAUUCGGAAUCUGUGACUUUAAACGGUACUAAUGGUUCAUCAGCAAAGCCUGAGUUCUUGCGUCCUUUGCUAUCGGAGAACGGUGUUAGCAAGACGCUGAGUGGUAACGAUAAGGAUCAGUCUGGUGGAGAGGAAGAGACUACAAGCCGGAGGAAGCGUCGGAGCCGGUGGGAUCCUCCGCCUUCUGAGUCGGGUAAUAACCCUAGCGCUGAAGGGAGUACUGAUUCCGGUACUGGAACUAGGAAGCGUAAGUCGAGAUGGGCAGAUGAUGAGCCCAAGCCGCACAUUCAGUUACCUGAUUUUAUGAAGGAUUUCACUGGAGGUAUUGAGUUUGAUCCUGAGAUUCAAGCUUUGAAUAGUAGGUUACUUGAGAUUAGUAGGAUGUUGCAGUCUGGUAUGCCUUUGGAUGAUAGACCGGAAGGACAGAGGUCUCCUUCACCAGAGCCUGUGUAUGAUAACAUGGGGAUUAGGAUUAACACUAGAGAGUAUAGAGCAAGGGAGAGGUUGAAUAGAGAAAGACAAGAAAUUAUUGCUCAGAUUAUCAAAAAGAAUCCGGCUUUUAAACCUCCAGCAGAUUAUAGGCCUCCUAAGCUCCAUAAGAAGCUUUUCAUUCCAAUGAAGGAGUUUCCUGGUUACAAUUUUAUUGGUCUGAUUAUUGGCCCUAGGGGUAAUACUCAGAAGAGAAUGGAGAGGGAGACAGGUGCUAAAAUUGUAAUUCGGGGUAAAGGAUCGGUUAAAGAAGGUAGGCAUCAGCAGAAAAAGGAUUUGAAAUAUGACCCUUCAGAGAAUGAAGACUUGCAUGUUUUAGUUGAGGCUGAGACUCAGGAUGCUCUUGAAGCUGCUGCUGGUAUGGUUGAGAAGCUUCUGCAACCUGUUGAUGAAGUGUUGAACGAGCACAAGAGGCAACAGCUCAGGGAACUUGCUACCUUGAAUGGGACAAUAAGGGAUGAAGAAUUCUGUAGACUGUGUGGUGAGCCAGGACAUAGACAGUAUGCAUGUCCGUCUCGUACCAAUACCUUUAAGAGUGAUGUUCUUUGCAAGAUUUGUGGUGAUGGUGGACACCCUACUAUUGAUUGCCCGGUGAAGGGUACUACUGGGAAGAAAAUGGAUGAUGAAUAUCAGAACUUCUUGGCAGAGUUAGGAGGAACUGUACCUGAAUCUUCUCUCAAACAGAGUGCUACGCUGGCUCUUGGUCCGGGAAGUUCGGGAAGUAAUCCUCCAUGGGCUAAUAAUGCAGGGAAUGGUGCAAGUGCGCAUCCUGGCUUAGGGUCAACUCCGACCAAACCCCCCUCCAAAGAAUAUGAUGAAACAAAUCUGUACAUUGGGUUCUUACCUCCGAUGCUUGAGGACGAUGGUUUGAUUAAUCUGUUUUCAUCCUUUGGUGAAAUUGUGAUGGCAAAGGUAAUCAAGGACCGUGUGACUGGGCUGAGCAAAGGCUAUGGUUUUGUGAAGUACGCUGAUGUACAGAUGGCCAAUACUGCUGUUCAGGCAAUGAAUGGCUAUCGGUUCGAAGGCCGAACACUCGCUGUCAGGAUUGCAGGCAAAGUGCCACCGCCUACUGCACCUCCAGGGCCUCCAGCUCCUCAACCACCAACUCAAGGUUAUCCUCCCUCAAACCAGCCGCCAGGUGCCUAUCCUUCUCAACAGUAUGCCACUGGUGGUUAUUCAACAGCUCCAGUUCCUUGGGGUCCUCCCGUUCCUUCCUAUUCUCCAUAUGCUCCUCCCCCUCCUCCUCCUGGUUCUUACCAUCCUGUCCAUGGUCAACAUAUGUCACCUUAUGGAAUGCAAUACCCACCACCACCACCUCAUGUGACACAAGCACCUCCACCUGGCACUACUCAAAACCCAGCUUCUAGUGAACCCCAGCAAAGCUUCCCACCAGGAGUACAAGCUGACAGUGGUUCUGCUACGUCUGUACCACCAAAUGUCUAUGGUAGCUCAGUCACGGCUAUGCCUGGACAGCCUCCAUAUAUGAGUUAUCAGUCUUACUACAAUGCUGUUCCCCCUCCACCACCUCCAGCACCAGCCUCGUCUACUGAUCAUUCCCAAAACAUGGGUAACAUGCCAUGGGCCAACAAUCCUCCUGUCUCAACACCUGAUCACUCGCAAGGUCCUGGUAAUGCACAUUGGGCACCUACUCCUCCUAUGCCGCCCACUGUUGGGUAUUCACAGAGCAUGGGGAACGUACCCUGGGCUCCCAAACCUCCUGUACAGCCACCUGCAGAGAAUCCAUCCGCUGUUGGAGAUUCUGAGUAUGAGAAGUUCAUGGCUGAGAUGAAGUAGCAUGUGUGUUCUGAGGAGAAACUCCUUAGUGGAGAGGUGUGAUGUUUCUUGGAGGUCUUGUACCCUGAUUUCUUACAUCUUUCUUGUUGGAAGUUUGGGACUCACAAUCUUAACCCUUGCUAUGCUGUUGUGAAAUAUGCAGAGACUCAGGCUGGAAGCUCCCAGUUCAGACAAUUGCCUUUCCGGAAAGGCCAUAAGAAUUUUAUUAAUGUUACUGAUAAUAAUUGCUGCUCUUUUGUAGGACUAUUUAUAUGUCUGGGGUUCUUGUUUCAUUUCAUAAUACUCAUAUUUACCAGUGAUCAGUGUGUUAAGUCUGUCUUCAGCUCGCAAUUUCUUCUGUACUGUUUCGAUAUGGGAGUUAAGCCUUUUUAGUAUUGUAGUGCGAAAAAUAUCUAUUAUCCUUUGUGAUGCAA